CGUCAAAUAUGUCAGUGGAAAAAAUUAAAUAUUGUAAAUAAACAUGAAUUUUAGUUAGUGAUUGUGCAUAAUAAAGAAUUGGUCAUCUUUUUAGUUAAUACAUGAAAAUGCAGGACAUUUACAACGUGCCAAUAAUUCAUUCCGACUUGCCAGUUGAAACAACAAUUUUACAAAUUGCAAAUUCUUUGGAAUAUUUGACAAAUACGGUUAAUGAUGUGUUUAACAAAAUAGAUGCUAGAAUAGAUGAAAAUUGUCAAAGAACAGCAGCUCUUAAGGAGCGCAUAGAUAAAGCCAAUGAAAAAAUUAAUAAACUCGUUGGCAGCAAAAAGGCAACAAUUGUGUAUUCAAGUGCCAAAUAUCCAGCAAGUCACGUCCACAAAUAUCCAAAAGCCACUUUUAAAAGAGAUGAAAGCUUAAGAUUCAAACAUGAUGCAACAAUUAUCUCAAAACCUUUGGAAUAUGAUGAAAAACUGCUCAAUGAAAGAUUGCAUUUCUUUCACGUUAAAUCCAAUGAAAAGAAAAAGACUGAGGCAAAGAAAAUUCCUGAAGAAGGGCUUGGUUUUAUUCCACCAAACAUAAAUUCAGUGACGUCUAUGCUUUUGUACAAUACAAAAGAAAAUCCUUAUGACCGAUAUGUCUCUCUUGAUCCUCUAAAUUCUAGCAGCAACAGCAAGGCUUAUGGAUUAGAUAAAAAUAGUACAAAUAAUAUGGAUAUGGAAGAAGCACCUAUUUCCAUUUCAAAUAGAUUUAAUACUAUUAAAAAUUAUGCAGAUGCUUAUUUUUAUUCUCCAAAUUUUGGAGAGGUGCCACAAUUAGAUGUACCCAUAGACUUACCAGAUCUGCCAGGUAUAGCAGAUGAUAUAUCUUAUGAUUUUAUUGAAUCCGGGCCGGCUAUAGCACCAUCUCUGCUUAAUAGCCCAAGUAAUACUAUUCUAGAUUUACCAGAUUUAUCAGAAAUUAAAAGCAGUAGUUCUGUUGACGACAAUAGAAGUAUACAAAGCAUAUCUGAAUCACCAGACAUAAAAUUGCCAGAUGUUUCUGCAGAGAAAGCAAAGAGAAUUGAUGAAACUGAUAAAAAUGCAAUAAAAAUACAUCAAAUGUUAAUGAACAACCUGAGUUUACCUUCAGUACCACCUCCACCGCCUCCGAUGUUAGCACCACCUCCCUUGCCACCAACGCUUCCAGAACCAGUCAGUACACCUCAAACAAAAGCAUCAUCCGGUCCAGACGGUAGAGCAAAUUUAAUGGCUGCUAUUAGACAAGCUGGAGGCGUAGGAAAGGCUAAACUUAGGGCCGCUAAACCAUUACAAGAUGAGUUUGUAGAAAAGAAACCAUCAACUUCUGGUCCUGGUAAUCUUAUGGCAGAUCUUCAUGCUAAAUUAUCAAUGAGACGUAAAGGAAUCUCUGGCAGUAAAUCAGAUAGCUCUCCUAAUGUUAUGAGUAAAGAUCGAGGUGAUGGAAGUGUCAUGGAUAAAAUAUCAGCAAUGAUUCCACCGCCUCCAAAGUUAGAAAGAAACACUGAGAGUGAAACUGAUACCGACUGGGAAUAAGAUGGGUUUCGAUACAAUGCGUGUGAAUUCAGGAAGAUGCCCCCCAUUCCUUGUAGCGGGUUUAUUAGUAGCUUGCGUCUUAUUAACAUGCAACUGGUGGACACUAUCAUCACAAAAU